GAAACACCAACAUUUCAGUUUAUUACCCUGUUUCAGUUUUUACCAAAGAAAAUCAUACACAAACGUAGCAAAACAAAACAAAUUGAUAACAAAUGUCAAACUGAUUUUGACAGCUGUUCAGCGCAUCUGUUCGGAAGUUUUUCAAUAUUUGUAUUUAUACUUAAAUUUAUACUCCACUUUAUCAACAAAAAAUUUCAUAUUAAAAUUAUUUAAUGUUGGACGAAUCAUCUACGAUUACUCUGCGCAUAUGUCAGGAAGGGCAUGCAAAUGCAUUGGCAUUAAAUCGUGAUAGCAGUUUGAUUGCAGUAGCUGGUCGAAGUUUAUUAAAAGUAUUUGCUUUUGAUAAUGAUGGCUUUACGGAAGUGUGUAAUAUGCGUGGGGGAAAAAACCAAAAUCUCAGUUAUUCAUCUAAUGAUGUGGCAUGGAGUUUUUUAGAUAAUAACAUUAUAGCUACGGCAGCUACUAAUGGUGUAGUAUCCGUUUGGGAUUUAUCAAAAUUUGGCAGGCAUAAACAAUUGCUUGUUUACAAUGAACAUGAGCGCACCGCACACACUGUAACAUUUCACAGUACUGAACCAAAUUUAUUAAUAUCUGGUUCACAAGAUGGUACCAUAAAAUGUUUUGACACACGUUCAGAAAAGUCUGUUGUUACAUAUUUUAGUAACUCUGAGUCGGUGCGAGAUGUUAAAUUUAGUCCACAUACGACAAAUAUAUUUUCUGCAGUUUCAGAAAAUGGUACCGUACAAUUGUGGGAUUUGCGCAAAUGGGAUAAAUGUAUAUUACAAUUUACUGCACAUAGUGGUCCAAUUUAUACGUGUGAUUGGCAUCCAAUGAAAAACUGGCUCGCAACUGGAAGCAGAGAUAAACAGAUUAAGGUUUGGAAUAUGGAUGGCAAAGCUUCGUUGGAACAUACCAUACAUACCAUAGCUGUAGUUGGACGUGUUAAAUGGCGACCAGAACGCAUCUACCACAUUGCUAGUUGCGCAUUAGUUGUAGACUAUAGUAUACAUGUCUGGGAUAUAAGAAGACCUUAUAUACCGUUUGCUUCAUUUAAUGAGCACACAAAUGUUACUACCGGGAUCGCUUGGAAGGGUGGCGACUCACAUUGCUUACUAUCAACUAGCAAAGAUUCUACUAUAUAUAAACAUGCAUUCAAGGAUGCAGCGCGUCCGGCUUUAAAAGCAAAUGCACAAGGAGCUAGCUUAAGUCGUCGUGGUGAUAUAUCAUUUGCGAAUAAAAUAAAAGUCUUGGCACCGGUUACUGCAGCACAAGUAGUCAAAUCAAAUACACUCAUCAUGCGACAAAGAUCCAUAACUGGUGUCGAACAAUUUCAUAUGGCACAAUCUGAUAUGCAUGAAUUUCUAUUAAAAUCAUCAUACACUGGUUAUGUGGACGAAGAAAAUUCUGUGGAACUGAAAGAGCACGAAUGUUUUAUAGGCUGUGCUAAGGAAUUUAUAUUAACUGGCAAGAAACUUGGUGAAAUUUGUGAGCAUAAUGCAAAAGUAACAAAGAAAUAUGGCAAACAUAAUGCAUCCACACUUUGGAAUUUUAUUAAAAUACUUUAUGGUUCUAGUGAGUUUAGUACACAAAAAUAUGAACAUCGCAGUUCAUUUUCUACACAAAAGAGUAUACAGUCUUCUCGUAGGCCAACGCAGAAUAUAAAUGCUUUAACUAAUGAAGUUUUACCUUGGAGUAAUAAUGAACGCACCGAUACGAAUGGUAAUAAUAACGACAUCGAUAUAGAACUACAAGAUGCCGAUGCAUUAAGUGGUGUUGUUGGUGGCAGUGGUAGUGGUAAACAAAAUUAUCCGCCAUAUAAUUCAGUGAUCAUAUCAGAGAAUCAGAUACUUAAUGAUAUUACUUUCGAUAAUUUUGAAAUGCUGCGCAAUGGUUUUAUAUAUGUGGGACCACCGGAUUUCACAAAAGCACUAUCCUUUCCAGAAACUGCAUUACAUCAUAAUGUGCAAGCAGCAAGACCACAACAAGAUAUUAAAGUGAAAGAACAUGAAAAAUCUCCGCCUCAAAAUUUGCCAACUAUUUUAAAAGUGUCCAAUGUGCCUGCCAUACCAAUGUGGGAACCACAUCAAUUUAUAGCUGACUCACUUAUGCUACAGAACGAUGUAGGUGAUGUACAAACAGCUCUCUCAAUUUUAGUAGCCAUGGGUGAUGCUCGUAAACUUAUACCAAUUGAAGAAUCUUUAAUUGAACAUUGGUUUCAAACCUAUAUUGAUCAGUUGCAUCGUUAUCAAUUGUGGAAUGAAGCAUGUACACUUAUAAAUCUCUCCUGGAUACGUUCGAUCCGUCAACUUAAUCAACAAUCAACUACUGUACAUACGAAUUGUGGUGAAUGUGGUCGUCCUUUAGGCGGUAGUGCUGGUUGGUAUUGUCAGAAAUGUAAAUCCAUGCAAUCAGCUAAGUGUUGUGUAUGUGGUUUAGUUGUAAGGGGUUUAUACGCCUGGUGUCAGGGUUGCUCACAUGGUGGCCAUUUAGAGCAUUUGAUUGCAUAUUUUUCAAAUCGCUCGAAAUGUCCAAAAUGUGGACAUUUAUGUGAAUAUAAUUAAUUAAUCUGACAAAUGUUUAUAUUAUUUGAUUAUUUAAGUUGUUAUAUUUAUUCAGACAUUAUAAUAUUUUAGUUCGUAAACUUGUAUUUAUGUGAUUAUGUAUUUAAAUCAGACUAUAAAAAUUUUUA